CGAAUGAUUUCCGUAUUUCCAGUUUUCAAUAUUUCUUUAUAUUAUUAGUUAAAAAAUGUUGGAAAUUCAAAAAAAAUCACAUAUAUAACAAAAUGUAGUUCGCCUAGUAUUGUAGCAAUAUAAACAUGGCUGCUGCUAUCCAUAUACUGAAAUAAUGAAGUUGUAUUUUAUACAGCGUUUAUUUGAAUCCAAUAUGAUCAUUCAACGCCCAGGCUGUGUCUGCAUGUCAGGCUGUGGUCUGGGUAAACUAUGAACUUAUUUAGUUGCUUAUUUCCAUGUGCCCUACAGCACAGUUGGUGGAAUGUUAGAAGCGAUCAGUAUUUGUCAGACGAGUUUUCUCAAAGAAUGGGUGUGAAUGCAUCUACCUCACCCGGAACUGAUGCUAGCUUAGUAUCAGGUUUGGGUGGAGAUUCCUGCACUUCUGUGUAUAGAGAUACUAUAGGAAUUGUAAGAGACAGGAAAAAGAAAACAACGGGUUUUGCCACUCUGAAACGGAAAUUAAUUCGAAGGCGGCGUUCUUCGAAGGUUUGCGACCAUGGCAAAAUGCUUAGGGAACUGGUAUCCGAUUGGAGUCCACUGGAAGUGGCUGCUUUACUGGAAGAAUACGAAGCACUAGCAGCUUUAAAAGACCUAUGUGUUCAAGCGGAACUGGCCAGGCCACCUGCCGCUACAUUCAAACAAGAUCUCUCAGCGUUGUACGACUUCAAAUAUUGCACCGAUGCCGAUCUGGUUUAUCGGGGCGCUUGUUUUCCUAUACAUCGGGCACUCCUCUCAGCCCGUUGUCCAUACUUUCGAGAUCUCCUGGCCGGGUGUCCCGGAUACGGGGCCCGCAUUUGCUUAGAGCUUAGGACUGCUACUGUCGAUGUUCAACUCUUUUCUGCAUUGUUGAGAUACUUGUACACCGGAGACAUUUGUCCGCACAACACCAACAUUGAUAUGAAUUUGCUUAGAAGACUGAGGGAGGAGUUCGGCACGCCCAAUGCAUUAGAAGCGGAUUUGCGGUAUUUACUCGAAACCGGCGAUUACGCGGACGCUGCGCUGGUAUUCACGUCGGACGGAUCGGAUUGCCAGAGGCCUGAUUCGGGGAGUUCGGAGUACGGAUUCAGGCCCAAGCUCGAAUUGCCCUGCCACAAGGCGAUCCUCUCCGCUCGAUCGCCGUUCUUCAGGAAUCUGCUGCAGAGGAGGUCCAAAAGCGGCGAGGAGCACACCGAACGCGCUCUCCACAUUCCAACCAGGAUCGUACUCGACGAAACGGUUAUUCCUAAAAGGUACGCUAGGGUUCUUUUGCACGCGGUAUACUUAGAUCAAGUGGACCUAUCGUUGAUAUCGCGCGGUGGUUGCGGCGGCGGUUUGGGAGAAGCGCAGGCUUUGGCGCACACCGGUCGUGCCAGGCCCUCGCCUCUCGAAGAGGCCAUGGAAUUGUAUCAAAUCGGCCGCUUCUUGGAAUUAGAUAUAUUAUCGCAAGGCUGUGAAGAUUUAAUAUUGGAAUGGCUAUCUCUGGAGACCCUGCCUGCUGUGCUGCAAUGGGCCAGGCAACCGCACGGAUCUGCUUGGGUGCAUCGACAGGCUUUGCAUUUUUUGAGAGAGGAGUUUCAACCUGUGACUCAAUCUCCAGUUUUGCACCAACUGGAUAAGGUACAUAUAAUCGAGGUGUUGAAAAGUCCGUUUUUGCAAGCCAGCGAACUGGAGGUGUUACAAGCUGUUUUGAAGUGGGGAGAAUUUCAACUAGUAAGAAGAAUGGAAGAUAGAGAACCAAAUAUUGUUAGUCAUACUGCACAUUCGGUAGCUAGGAAGGGCGUAAAGAAGAGGGAUCUGAGCGACGUAGAAUUAAGAGAAAUACUAUCCGAUCUUCUACCUCUUGUUAGAAUGGACCACAUACUGCCAACAAAUAGCGACGUGCUGAACCAAGCGAUCCGCAGAGGUUUGGUAAGUACGCCUCCGAGCCACAUGAUCGGCGGCGAACGCGAAAACCUUCGAGUCAACGCCUGGAUUCGCGGCAAAAACAACGGGUUGUUCAUUCAGCCGAGGCUCUUCAUUCCCUACUACGACGAGGUGAAGGUCCUCGUCGAGGACCAGCUGGUGCAAGAAGUGGAAAUGAUGCGGCUGCGACGAGCCCGCUACAUGCAAGACAUUCCAGACACUCUGUACAUGGUGGAGGAGAAGCCGCGCCUGCAGGGCCCCGCCGGCGUUGACGUUCUGGCAUCGGUGCUGCCGAUACCCGAUCCGUCUGUGAUGAACGCCAUGCUGAAGCGCGAGCAGAAGCUGCGCCAAUCGCCGAGCUGCCAACGUGCCCUCAACAUGCCUUUGUCGUCGCGACACGAAAUCAACAGACAAAUCAGAUUAAGGGUAGUCCGCGAAUUCAAUCUGCCCGAUCCCGUAGCCGACAUGCUGGAGAAUUGUUACUGUGUGCCUGAACAAAGUGACAACGAUUCGAUGCAAAUCUCUCCGAACAAGCCCGUAGUGAGCUCGACUCACGGAUGCUACAGCAAGAAUUUGAGUUUUCCGAGGAUGAGCUAUCCCCAGAGACAGGAAUUGCCCGCCGUUGUGCCCGACGGCGAGUUUCGAUUCGUUCCCGAACAGGAGAGCAGUUCCUGCAGCGACGGUCAUUUGUCGGACAUAAUGCCGGACGUUGCCAUGGCGACUGCUUCGAUGGGACAAAUUCAGCUCCAGGACCAGCAGGAAAUGGAGCUGGAUUUGGGGGAUGGUAACACUAGACUGCAUAAUACCAUCGGAGGAAUUCAGGUUAUGUCGAGCUCUUUACACCAUCCAAUCUCGUACAGGAGGUAUGCACCUUCUAGUUACAUGCAUUUAAGGUCAGAUUCCCAGUCUUAUAACCCACCAAUGCCAAGGUUUCUAUAGUUUUAAGAUCUUUUGAUUCUGCUUAUUGUAAAUUGUUUAUCCCUAGGAAGUAUUUUCGCCACUGCUUUGGUUCCUUAAUUUUCUUUUUUUUAUGUUUAAGCCGGCCUAAAUUUCUAAAACAUUCUACUUAAAAUAAAUUAUUACACCAGAAUAUAUCAACGAUUAAAUUUGAUUACCAUUUAGUCUAAUAAUAAUAAAACUAUUAUUACUGCCAAUCGAAAAUAGAUGAUGAAUAUAGUUUAACAAUACUCGGCUAUAUAACAACGAACUAUAUUUGAUUUUUUACUAAUAAUUUUUUAUACAAAAAGGGCAGUUACAUUUAUAUACAUUUAGCUCUAUUUUAAAAUUGUUAACAAAAUGAUAAUAGUCAUACAUUCUGGAGCUCAUUAAUUCUUAAGAUACAUGUAAAUACAUAUUUCAGGUAAAAGAGAAAUUAAAAUGAUUGCGGUAGUGUAGGUACUUGCUAUAUUAUUUAAUUACACUGACCUAAUUCCAUGCACUUGUGGACCAUAUUUUAAAUAUAAAUUAUUAAGACGUAUAGGCACUGUGGUCUGUUUUAAUGAAUCAAACUGAAUGUCUAACGAUUAACCGAUUUGUUCUAAUAUUUUUGUAAAAAGUUAGGCACUCAGAUAAAAUCGGAAAUACAUCCUGGGGAACAGUAAAAGUAAUAAUGUACAACUGUGAUUUUCUGUGAAGAAUAAUUUAGGUUUAAUUUAAUUUAUUGAAUGAAAUUGCUGAGAGUGAUCAUGUGAGCGUAUCGAAAAAUGUAUCAUGUAUUACUGUACCUGUGGGUGUCUUGUAUUUAGAUAUUACUGUGUUGCUGUUACUUGUAUAUAAAUGAGUGAAGUUUUAGAAAAAUGUGUACUUAAAAAAGAACCUAUUUCUAUAUUUUUCAGUUGUCAGUUCAGAAAAAAGUCAUUUCGUUGGUUGCCGGCCGAUCCGACCGACAUGAAGUUGUGCGUUAUAAAAUAGAAAUUCGAAAAUAUUUUAAGAAACGGUAUGGAUCGUCGGUGAUUUGUUUGUUUUGCAUUGGAGUAUCCGAUGUAAUAGCUGGAAAAAAGUUUGAGAGUAUACUUUUGGAAUUAAUUUAUGAGAAACAAAUCCAGAUUUUAUCGUAAAGUAACUUGUUCUAUAAUAGUACAUUACAUUUUAUUUCGACGUAAGAAUAUUUAAAAAUUGGAAGUUAUGUAUAAUCUGUAUACAAGUAAAAAAGAAAGUUUUUGCUGUGAAUUUUUUUUUAUAAAAUACAUCGAAAUUACUCAAUUUGUGAAUUUAAUUAUUUUAUCGAUUAUUUUAUGCGAUAUAUGAUGUGGCUAUAAAGCAGUGGUACUUAAAAAAUUGCAUCCAAAAGGAAACAAAUCUGUGGAGUAAUGAAAAUUAUUCAUUAUUUAUAGCCAGCCAUCGUGUAUUCCCGUUUAAAUUUUAUACGAUUCUAGAAUAUCGUGCUUUUUAUGUUUUUUAUUGAAUUGUAUCGAUGCGACUUUGUGUUAAAUUGUAAUUUUUAUGAGUACACGUCAAAAUAAAUUAAAAAAACGUAAAUAGAUGUCAAAUGUUUGGUUUAAACGUUAUUGUUAUUUCCAAACGAAAAAGAUGCUUUAAUUCUUUACCGCAUUUUUCUUGGUGUUUUGUAUUAAACGUGGGGUGCAGGUCUCUUAAACGUAAGAUUAUGAUUACAGAGAAGGAAUAUAUCGAAGUAUAAAAUGUGGAUUAUUUUGUCCUGCAUCCCACCCUACUACGUAUGCUGAUAUAUUUGUGUAGAUUAAUAAACCAAAUACUUAUGUUCUCUGCAUGUGUAUUUUAUUCUAUGAAAUUGUAAAUAUUUUCUGUCAAUUGGCGACUGUUAACUGUUCUCAUUAUUUGUUCUUAUUGUAAGAUGCAUUCACAUUUGUUCGCUGUGAUUGCCCAGAACACAGUUUUAGUACUGCAAUAUGUUUUUAAGAUUUUUGUUUUUUGAGACUGAUAUCCCUUAAGCUGGAAAAGUUAUGUUUAGUUCGUUUUUAAAAUCGAAAGCUGUGUUGAAAUUUUAUUUUAUUUUUACCGGGCGUGUCCCUUAUUUAUGGCUAAAGUUCGAACGGGAAAACAAACUUGAAUGCGUCUUAUUACAGGUAGUAUGAAUGAAGUUAUUUAUUUAUCAUUGCAAUCAAAUAUAAUUUGUUGGAAUAUUGUUAUUGAUUUUUUUAAAAAUUACCUUUUUCUUUAAAUAAAUAAGUCCGAGAGGACCCUUUGUUAUUGAUCUUUUGUAUGAUAUAGUAAGUUAUUUAGAAUUCGUGUAUCUAUUUUUAAUUAUUUGUGACUAAUGUUUUUUUUUUGUAAAUUCUGUUAAGUACUGUUAUCUGAAAAUGUAUACAUUCAUUCCUCAUAGUUACUCAACAAAAUGUUAAGAUGGUAUUAGGAAAAAUGAUUUCUAAUGUAAUGAUCUCUUCUGUGUAUUAUAAUCGAACGUUAUUCUGUGUGAAUAUAUUGAAAUUUUUCGAAAUACCUAUCUUAAUGAACAAGUCUUUAGUGACUUUUGUCUGUGUAUUACAUUCUUUGGAAAUAA